AUGAACCUCGACGUCCCCGAACAAACAACAAAAUCCAGCCAACAAUCCUUAUACCAAACAAGCCCAGACAGGUCGACAUCAAAAGGUCCGGAAGUAGGCUCAGCAAGCUCCUCAAAAACCAUCCCGUCAGACCCCGAAAUGCGCAAGCAAUUUAUACAAGAAAAAGCAACUCUUCUUCGUAAUAGACUCCAAAACGCCAUGCGCCACGUCCGGGACCCACAGUUCGACCGCAGAGUAUCAGAUUUAGAAGAACACAGUCGAAAAUACCCUCGACUAUCAGCGUCAGUUUCUGGGUCUGGAUCACAACUCCAGAAACAUCUAGAGCAGAAGUAUGGUGCGGGUGCCGAGGAGGAAGAAGAGGAUGAUGGUGAGCCAAUGCUCUCCACCCCACGCGCAACGGGACGAGACCAAAUCCCGGAAGAAGAGCGAGAAAUUACCCAUAUCGGCGACGACGAAGAUGGGGAGACAACGCCCACCCAAGACAAUGCUACCCGACACACGGAUGCGAAUCCAGAUACCGGGGCGCCCGCAUCGCCGACGCAUAUGCUUCUGAGCAGCCCUACAUAUAACUCGACCCUGCAAACCGGCCGGUUUGAUGAUGAUCGGCCCAUGGCGGGUGACGCGACUGUGGCUACAUCACCCUCUUCAUCGCAGAAGGGCGAGGGUCGUGGUGACGGAGAUGCCGUUGACGGUCUGCUUAAAUUGAUGGGAACAAAUACCAGUCCAGCUACGACUACGACCCCGACUACUGAUAUGGGUACCGAAACACACGCGAGGGCAUGA